AUUGGAGAGAGGCAAAACGAUGGUAGAUAUUGCUCACUCCUAUAACACGAAUCAUUCAACCAUCAGCACGAUUCUAAAGAAAAAGGACAAGGUCAUGGAAUAUGUGAAGUCUGCUGUGCUGAUGAUGUCGACAAUAAUAUCAAAGAAGCGUGGAAAAGUAAUGGAAGAGAUGGAGAAACUUCUCCAUGUGCGGAGUCCCGCUCAGCUUCAUGCUGAUUCAAGAGAAAGCUAAAAGCCUUUAUGAAGACUUGAAGAAGGAACACAGUGAAGAAUCAGAGGGUGCAUCUUUUAAUGCCAGCCAUGGCUGCUUUCAUUGGUUCAAGGCUAGGGCCAACCUUCAUAACAUAAAAGAGGUGGGUCAAAAAAUAUCUUGCUGUGCUUUAUGUCAAAGAGUGUUCUGGAAGGAGCAUAUUUACUCAAGCAGGUUUUUAAUGUGGAUGAGACAGGACUGUACUGGAAGAGGAUGCCGGACCGAAGGAGGAAAGUUGAUGCCAGGCUAUAAAGCAGCAGAGGAUAGGUUAACUCUGUUGUUUGGUGGCAAUGCUUCUGGUGAUAUGAAGCUGAAGCCUCUUGUAAUUUAUCAUUCAGAGAACCCAAGAGCCCUUAAAAACAUAGCCAAGGGCUCUCUUCCUCUUGUGUGGAAGAGUAACCCCAAGGCCUGGGGCACACAGGCCAUUUUCCAGGACUGUUUUUCCACCACUUUAUCCUGGCGGUAAAGAAAUAUUGCUUGGAGAAGGAUGUCCCAUUCAACAUUCUUUUUCUGCUCAACAGUUCUCCAGGCCACCCCCCAUUCAUGAAUGACAUUCAUUCCAGUGUCAAAGUAGUACAUCUGCCAUCGAAUACUACAUUGCUCAUCCAAACUAUGGACCAGGGAUUAUAGCAACUUUCAAGAAAUAUUAUUUGUGUCACACUUUUUGUCAGGCAGUAAAGGCGAGUGAUGAAUCAGGCACAACCUGUGACAGUUUUGGAAGGGCUAUAACAUCUACAUGGCCAUAGAAAACAUAGACUUUUCUUGGUAUGAGGUUAUGGCCGUCACCAUGAAUGGGGUUUUGAAGAACCUUUGCCCACAGUUUGUUCAUAAUUUCCAUGGAUUUGAGAAGGUGGAUGAGGUCUUCAUCAACUUAGUGACCCUCAGCGAGAAGCUGGAGCUAGAUCUGCAGGAGGAUGACUUCAUUGAACUCCUUGCUGUGCAACACAAGGAGCUUACUAAUGAAGACCUGAUGGAAUUGGAGACCCAGAGAAAGGGUGAAGAGAGACAAGAGGAAGAAGUAACUGAAGAACCAAAGAGAUACACGAUGCUGGAAACAGCAAAGGGAUUUUCUUUAUUUGAAGAGGGACUGUUAGUUUUUGAGGCACAGGACUGGAAUGUAGAACAGUACAUGAAGGUUGCAACAGCUGUUCAGAAUGCAAUCCAGUGCUACCGUGUUAUCUAUGAUGAGGAAAAAAGAGCUACCACCCAGAUACCACUGGAUCAUUUUUUCAAGAGGGUAGAUAGAAUUGAAUCCAGCAAGGAACCAGAACCUGUGCCAUCAACAUCAGGCAUGAGUGAAACUGCAGCUUGCCCUCCAUCUCUUAUUGAUGAUCCUUCAGCUCUAUCAUUUCCCACCUCCUCUUCCUCCUCCAGUCAGUAACUCUUCUUGCCUGUUCACUUGAUGUCAGCCCCUGUAUGCCAGAUGUUGUACUAUGCUACUGUGCUUUUCAAGGUACUGUACUGUAAGAUUUAAAAUGUUUUAUUUAUUUUUUGUUUGUUUUUUAUGUAUUAUUUGUGUGAAAAGUAUUAUAAACCUAUUACAAUAUGGUACUAUAUAGCUGAUUGGGUUAGUUGGGUACCUAGGCCAACUUUGUUAGACUUACAAACAAAUUGGACUUAUGAAUGUGCUCUUGGAAUGGAACUCAUUUGUAUGUAGGGGACUUACUGCAUACACAUGUGUGUGUGUGUGUGUGUGUGUGUGUAUACACAUAUAACCUUGUCUCUGUUUACUGUGUAGAUUAGGAUAUCCACUGCACUUAAUGUUAAUUUCAACCCCUUUGAGAUUAUUAUAUUUGAUGGUAAUUAAUAAUUAUGAAAGUAUGAAAGGAAAUGGACAGAUUUUAAGUUGCUUCUGGUUCCUGAAGUUUUCCUUCAAAAAAAAUAGUGGAAUGCAGAGUCCACACCAUAGAUGGGAAAAAAUAUCCACGCAUGUUUACAGAGUGGUAUUAAGUAGAAAAGAACAAAUACAUGGUGUUUGGACAUGUGAAAUAGUUCUUAAGAUAGGAGUUCCCACUAGAGAGCUUAUGGCAUAGGUACCCAGAAUUUGGGAUCCAAUAAAUUUGAAAUGAUGAAA